AUGAGUUGGCAAUCACAAUUGGAAUGCAUCAAAGACUUCUGCACGGGAUGUGCUAUAAUUGGACUCAAUGGAAUAACGUAUGCUACAGAAGGCUCUUGGCCAUCCUUACCCGAAGAAAACCAUUCUUACACAUAUUUCUUUGCAAAUGACGCUGAACACCAUCCUCUUCUUUUUGCAAAUGACGUUAAAUAUUUUGUUAACAUGAUGUCUUCGAUGAAAGUCUUAGCCAUUCACGGGAAGAAUGCAAUAGCCCUACAUCGCACAAAUUCGGCUUUCGUAGCUGCAUAUACGGAUGGAACUAUUGAUGCAGGAUUACUACUGAAAAUCGUUACAGUUCUUGCAGAUUACUUGCAAGGAAACGGAAUCUAA